AUGGCAAGAACUAAGCAAACUGCUCGUAAAUCUACUGGUGGCAAAGCUCCACGUAAGCAACUUGCAACUAAGGCUGCUCGUAAGAGUGCACCAGCUACUGGAGGUGUCAAAAAGCCCCAUCGAUACCGUCCAGGAACCGUUGCUCUUCGUGAAAUCCGUCGUUACCAGAAGAGUACAGAGUUGUUAAUCCGAAAAUUACCCUUCCAACGUCUUGUCCGUGAAAUUGCCCAGGACUUCAAAACUGAUUUGCGAUUCCAAAGCUCCGCUGUAAUGGCCCUUCAGGAAGCCAGCGAAGCCUACCUAGUUGGUCUUUUUGAAGAUACCAACCUCUGCGCUAUUCAUGCUAAGCGUGUUACCAUCAUGCCUAAGGACAUCCAGUUGGCUCGUCGUAUUCGUGGAGAACGUGCCUAA